GCAGUGCGCACGCGCGCGGAGACGGAGGAAAUCAAAAUGGCGGCUUGUCGUCAGCGCGGUGCUGCCGCUGGAGGCCCUCGCGGCCCCAACAAGCUGCAAGUCGGCUACUACGAGAUCGAGAGGACUAUCGGCAAAGGCAACUUCGCCGUGGUGAAGCUGGCCAGCCAUAUCAUCACCAAAACUAAGGUUGCUAUCAAAAUUAUAGACAAGACACAUCUGGAUGAAGAUAACUUGAAGAAAAUUUUUCGUGAGAUCGAGAUCAUGAAGCAAGUCAAGCACCCGCACAUUAUUAGAUUAUACCAGGUUUAUGAGACAGAAAGAAUGAUAUAUUUGGUAACAGAGUAUGCAAGUGGCGGAGAAAUAUUUGAUCACCUGGUGGCCCAUGGAUGGAUGGAAGAGAAAGAAGCCAGAAAAAAGUUUAAACAGAUUUUAACUGCUGUCCACUACUGCCACAAGAAUAACAUUGUACAUAGAGACCUGAAGGCGGAGAAUCUUCUCUUAGAUGCCAACCUAAAUAUCAAGCUAGCUGACUUUGGCUUUAGCAAUCACUUCACUCCAGGCCAUCCAUUAAAAACGUGGUGCGGCAGUCCUCCCUAUGCAGCACCGGAGCUGUUCGAGGGCAAGGAAUACAUGGGUCCUGAAGUGGACAUCUGGAGUCUCGGGGUGGUUUUGUACGUCUUAGUGUGUGGGGCCCUUCCAUUUGAUGGGAGCACGCUGCAGAAUCUCAGGGCAAGGGUGCUGGCCGGGAAGUUCCGCAUUCCUUUCUUCAUGUCAACAGAAUGUGAGAAAUUAAUAAAGGGUAUGCUGGUCCUGGACCCCAAGAAAAGACUGACAGUUCAGCAGAUCUGUAAGCACGAGUGGAUGGUGAUGGACGGACAGGACCCGGAGUUCCAGAGACUCAUCCACAACUACAGCGACGAGGAGCCGGAGCCCAACAGCGAGUACAUCAGCGCCCAGGUCCUGCAACACCUCAGUAACCUGAACAUCGAUAGGGAACUGGUGCUGCAGUCGGUAAAGAACAAGCGUUACGACGACCAUAGUGCAAUCUACCACCUUCUGUAUGACAAGUUCAAGAAGAACCCCAAGCUGAUGCAGAAGGCGAACCUGCUGACGGACCCCACGCUCCUGACGCAGUACAACACGGCCAUGUCCCUCCCGCAGCAGAUGUACGAGGAGAGCGGCGUGGGGCAGCUCACUGUUCCCGGCGCUAACCUUCCACACAUGCAGAUGAAAAAGGUUGACAUUGGAGGAGACGGAGACCAGAUGGAGAGUGACACAGAAGAGCCGUCCCCGGAGGCACUGGCCAGAUAUCUGUCCAUGAGAAGACACACCCUGGGCGUGGCUGAUCCAAGAACGGAGAUACCCGCGGAGCUGGCGGCCAAACUGAAGCAGCCCAACCCCACGCUGCCCCAGCAGCAGCAGGUGUUCACCCACGUGAUUCCCAACGUCACGGUCGGCCAGACUGCCGUACCCAACAUUCCUCAGGCCCUGGCACAACCCAACCAAACUGUCCACUAUAAGACUGCUGUACCAAACAUUCCGCAGGCUCUCAACCAAAUGGUACAAUAUCAGGACCAGAACCUGUUGCAGCUGCCGGACUUCCAUGACAUGCCGAUGGGCAGACGAGCAUCGGACGGGGGUGCCAACAUCCAGCUGCACGCACAGGCCCUACUGACGCUACGAAACAGCCAGGACAGCUCCUUCCCUGUGUCACCAGGUCUCGUACCACCCAAGAUCACCCCAAUGCCGAUGUUGCAGCAGACUAUCCCCAUGAUGCCUCAUGAGGAAGAUGAUGACGAGGAACCAGACCAAGAAGCGGUUAGAAGAUACCUGAUGAAUCGUGGGAAGCGGCACACGCUAGCCGUCCCCGAUGCCGUGCCAGUUGAGCUGCAGGAUAAGCUGGCCCAGAGGCCACUCAAACCACGAGGGGGGCUACUGGCCCCUCCACACAGAUCCAGUGGCAGAGAUAGCUACAAAGAUGUCCACUCUUUACACCUCCCAAGCGAACGGUACUCCCCUGUCAGAAGAGCGUCAGAUGGCGCGGCAAGUCUGCACGCUUUCCGGGCGCAUUUUGAGAAGCUAUCCAGCCAGGGUAGCGUCAGUUCACAAAAGAGCAGCCUGAAACAGCUACAACAGGAGUAUCAGCAGCUGCAGCAGCAGGUGGGGAAGAGUUCCCGGCAGCAGCACCCGCAGAUUGCCCAGCUGCAGAACAGCCGGCCGUCCCCCCAGCCCUCCCCUCCCCUGUCGGCCUCCCCCACCCUCCAGCAGCAGCAGCAGGCACAGGAAAUACAUCCAAGCCAUCUGUCUCAGCAUCUCCAGAGACUGAAUUUGCAGAGACAGUGCAACAGUCCUCCUGCUUUCCAGCACCUCCAGCAACAAAACAGAAACAGCCCCCCUCCCACCUACCCCUCCUCUUCCCAUGCCCUGCGCCAGGGCCUGACAGACUCCCCCACAAACCAGCUCCACACUAACCCCUUCAUGAAGACUGGUGCUGCCAGAUCCCCCAUGGACGCCCCUCAGGUCUACUUCCCCGAAUCCCCCAACCCCUUCACCAAGCGGGAGGUCUCCAACUUCCCACAGUUCACCCAGACCGCGGGCGUCCCUCUCAGCUCGCCGAGUGGCUACCGGCUCCAAAAGCCACCUGCGCUCCAGACGAAACCUAUCCCAGAGAUAAUUUAUACAAGUGUAGACGAGGACGAGGAACCCCGGAAACAGGGCGAGGAGCUGGAAGCUUCGCUUCCCCACCGUCUAGCACCUUCUUUGAAGGAGCAAGGAUCGCCACAGGACUCUCCUGUGCACCAACUGGACUACCAGGAGGCGUUUUCGCAGGCAGAGCAGCGUAAUGACAGCCACGGACAGCUGGCGCACGACAGCUACCUGCUACAGGAGCAGCGAGUGGACAGCCAGGGCAGCUUUGACGGGUGCGAUGGGGAGCCGCAGCGGCCCAGCAGUGCUCCGUCUGUCGCCGUUCCACAACAGCAACAGAUUUUCAACUUCAACACGCAGCAGAUUACUGGAAAUAACAGUCCGAUGAUGGACGGCACUUUCCCCCUCACUUUCUCUCCCUCAGUAAUGACAUCAACUGUGGACACGACAACCCAGCACACUGCAACUGGUUACCAGCCUGUGUUUCCCCAGGCAAUGGGAUUCGCAACAUUUCAGCCCAGCUACGCUCCAACAGUGCAAAAUGUGCAGAUGAAUUUCCAACCCAUCCUGCAGAGGACUUGGCCAUUUCCGCAGCCGGACAUGCAAAACGCGCAGCGGCUGAAUUUCUACGGACCAAAUCAGGGGGUAUUGUUAAACCAGUUAGGCCCUUCGGCGAACGUUGCGGGGUUGAAUGCCAUAUCUGCAUUGGUAGAUGACUUGUCAGUUGGUAUGGGACGACACAGGCCACGGUCUGCUGUGACGUCAGAGAUGCUCAGUAGGUUUCAAGUCCCCGGCAGUCCCUACAAUCCAACGAACUUGGCAAGCAUUCCGUCAAACUCAGAAAUGGAGGGGUACUUGUCGGAUGGAACCGGUCACGACACGGGGAUGAUAUCUAAUACAAUACCAUAUACAAACGCUUCUUCUAUGGACAAUACGCCGCUGCGGCCGGCCAGGAACCACCGCAGGCACCACACAGUACAGUCUGGCCAGGAUGCGCGCCUGCAACAGAGCCAGAUGCUGCAGAGAGCACAAAACAACCAUGGGACAAUAUUUGCAGUCAACUCACAGAGCUCAUCAAGUAACCCUGGAUUGAACCACGGAGAGGCAACGAUGCAUUCGCAAACCUUGCUAGUAAAGACUCCCUCAGAUCUGGCAAACUUUGUGACCACGUCCCCCAGCGUGUCGACUAUGACUAGUAUGAACAUCCAGGGCGGUGGGAUGGGAGAGUCGCUACCUCAGAGUCAUAAGUUCCCCCCCUCGGUCAAAAUGACGUCCGAGAAAAACGUCGGGGAGAUCGUGCAAGAGGUCAAGAGGAUGCUGGACAAUAAGGGGCCAUCGGUGAUGUACACGCAUCAGGACUGCUUGUUUGAGUUGGAGAAGGAAGGGGUGAGGAUGGAGAUGGUGGUGUGUCAGGUUAACUUGGGGCUGAACGGACUGUGCGUCAAGAGACUCGCUGGUGACACCCAGCAGUAUAAACAGUUGUGUCACGAACUGCUGACUGGCAUCAACCUCUGAGUCGCAUGGUCGGACGGCAAAGAGUGAAGGCUGGUAGGAGUUUUGUAUCAUCAAACUAGAAUGUCUUAGUAACCCGGUCUAGGAAGCCUUUUUCUCCGUCAGAACAAUGUGUAAUUGGAGAAAGUACUCCGUGUGUUUGUUACAGGGUUUGUUACAUGUUGAGGAAUAUUACGUGUUGAGGAAUAUUUUUAAAGUGAGAAGGUAGAAUGAAAGGAACGGUAGACCAAGUAACAGGUGGGGAAUUCAGCGACCUUGAAUAAUGUUCAGUGGUUUGUUGGGACCAUUCAUCGAGAAGCAGAAGAGUUAAAGAGAAAACAAAGAGAAAAGAUAACUCCUAAAUCUGUUGCCAAGAGAAAUCUUGUAAAAUGUACAGUGAGUGUAAAUUGUAAAUUUUCUGGUUUUUGUAUGAUAUAUAUAUAGAGCCUGCUAAGUUUGCUGUGGGAAGUGACGUGUAGGUAUCCAGCUAUAUUCUCAUCCCAUGUGACAGAAAGUUCUUAAUAGAAAUCUCAUAACUUACACUUAGAAUUAAGACAAGUAGAAAGAUUCAAACUGAUAUAAGAAAUAUCCAGCUAUCCAACAACAGAAGGCUUACCGAUACAGAAGUCAUAAUAACAGUCCAGAUACUCUCACCACAGUGCCAUUGCAGACAAGUGCCUCAAACAGAAAACCAUUAGUCAAUAAUAAAGACAAAAAAAACAUUAAGUAAGGGGGCAAGCUUUCUGUUUUACCAGAUUGGUCUCUAGAUGUCAUCUAACACUUUUAAGUGGACCAGGAGCUGUCAGUUACAGUGUAGGUAUUAAAGAUACACCGGGUUACUGUAAUGUAACGAGAAGGCUUUUGAAAUCUAUCACUAACAGAAUAUUGAUGUACAUAUUAAGCAGUUAGGUCCUUGGUACGUGCCAGUGUGCUACGGAGUGUAUGUACAUUGAUGGCCCAUUUUAAUAUGUAACAGCUGGUGCACACAACUCAAGCAAUACCAUUGCACAUGUGAUGUAAGAUGAACCCGAAUUAUGAUAUAGAAGAGAUGUUUACUAGGGUUCACCUUGAUUCUGUAACCCCCCUCCCUCCAAAGCUGCUUGAAGAAACCAAUGUGAUGGGUGCUGUACUUUCUAUGUGUAGAUAGGAUUGUGGAGUGUUGUGGGAUAAAUGACUUCUGAGAUAACUAUUUUUGUGAUGCCUCUGUGUAGUGGUCAAAGAAGUAGUGUCAGGAAAAAGAAAA